AGAGACUUUCACUGUCAUUUCUCUCUUCUGCUUUCAGUGAUGGCGUCUGCUGAUCUGAGGAAGGAGCUGGAAUGUUCCGUCUGUCUGAACAUUUAUACAAAUCCUGUAACCCUGAGAUGUGGACACAACUUCUGCCGGGACUGUAUUGGCCGUGUGUUGGAUACACAGGAGAGGUCUGGAGGUUAUUCCUGUCCUGAAUGCAGAGAAGAGUUCCAGGAUCGUCCUGCACUGCGGAGGAACAUAACGCUGCGUAACAUAGUGGAUAAUUUCCUGUCUCAGCCAGAUCAGAAAUCUGAGUUCUUCUGUACUUACUGUAUUCACACUCCUGUACCUGCUGUGAAAUCCUGUCUACUGUGUGAUGCUUCUCUGUGUGACAAUCACCUGAGAGUCCACAGCAAGUCACCAGAACACGUCUUAUGUGACCCCACCACUUCCCUGGAGAACAGGAAAUGCUCCGUCCAUAAGGAACUACUGAAGUAUUACUGCACUGAUGACUCCUCCUGUAUCUGUGUGUCCUGCAGUUUGGCCGGAGAACAUCGGGGACACCAGGUGGAGACUCUGGAUGAGGCCUUCGAGAUGAAGAAGAAAAAACUGAGGAAUGUUCUGCAGAAACUGAUGAAUGAGAGAGAGGAGACGGAGAAAAGAGUGCAGAGUCUGCAGGGACGCAGGAGGAAAGUACAAGGAAAAGCAGAGGAUGAAACAGAGAGAGUCACUGUCCUGUUUAUAGACCUCAGGAGACGUCUGGAAGAUCUGGAGAAGAGAAUCCUGAGUGAGAUUGCUGGGCAGGCACAGAGGGUCUCUCUAUCACUGUCUGAUAUGAUCCAACAGCUGAAAAUAAAGAAGGAGGAGCUGUCCAGGAAGAUGGGGGACAUUGAGGAGCUGUGUAACAUGAUGGAUCCACUGACUGUCCUACAGGAAUCAGACACAGGUGACUUGUGUGAUACUGAGGGUGGAGAUGAUGAGGACAGAGAGAGACAUGAUAGACUCCUAUAUGAUGGAGGGGAUCUGGAUGUGGCAGGAAUCUCGCACACAUUACACACAGGUUUAUCUGAUAUCAUGUCUGGGGUGUCCGGGGUUACAGACAUAUUACUGGAUGUGAGCACAGCUGGUAAUCAUCUACAAAUAUCAGAUUAUAGUAAAAUGGCAUCUUUGUCUUCACAUCAGCAUCGCCCAGAAACACCAGAGAGAUUUCAGUGUAAUCAGGUAAUAAGUAGUCAGCGUUUCUCCUCAGGGAGACAUUACUGGGAAGUGGAUGUCGGGGGGUCAGUGUACUGUAGAGUCGGGAUGUGUUAUCCGAGUAUAGACAGGCGAGGGGGUCAGUCACUGAUUGGAAAUAAUAAGAAGUCCUGGGGUUUGGAGAUUAAAUAUAAUCAGUACUUCAUGAUACAGGAUGAGAAGACGAUCCAUGUACCAACAAAUGUCUCCAGUAACAGAGUCAGGAUAGAGCUGAAUUACGAGGCCGGGCAGAUCUCCUUUUAUGAUCUGUGUGACCCGAUCCGACACCUCCACACCUUCACCACCACCUUCACUGAGCCCCUCCACGCUGGGUUAUGGAUAGGGAGAGGUUCUUUUAUAAGGAUAUCUGGGGGAACUAAAUGUGAAAUCUGGCCUAAGACAUCACAAGGCAGAGACUCGGGCUGGUAAAUUACUUGGCCAAUAGGAGAAGGCAGUGAAGAAACAUUAUUGCGGGUU